AAGUAAUUAUCAUUUGUAUAUCCGAAUGUUUUAAUAGAACUAUGGAAGAGCUGAAGAAUUGAAACACUUAUAAGGCGGGAAAUAAAGAGUGAAUACAAAUUGUCUCGUGUUCAACAAAUUCACUGUUCGGAAGGUUGCUCGCGAGGACGAGAGGCACAAUUUCAGGGUUCUUUUCAGAGGGACUCAUUUCAGCCACUGAUUUUAAGGCAAUGGAUAAAAGACCUGAACAUGGUGCCAAUGCCUCGCCUAAUGGAAUAGGAUCCAGGUUCUCCAAUUUGAACAAGUCUUUCAAAUAUUCUAUCAGAUCUUUGCUCACUUCAUGCUCAAAGGAGGAAUUUUAUAAAGCAUUUUCAAGUUUCUCUAACACUGAAAGGGAAUUUCUCCAUCGCCUAUUUCUUCAGGUCAUUACUUCAUUGCAUGAAAACAUAGAGGAAGGGUUUGAGACAAUCUGUAUUCAAACACAGGCAGGAGCCACUCUUGAUGCUGUGGAGGAAAUUGUGGAAGAACAAGAUCUGGAUGUCCUGUUUUCAGAUAGGAGUAAUAUAACGGAUGUUUCUGAGAAUCUGUCUAUGGCAAAGAAGAAAGAACUUCAACACUUAAUGCAUAUGGUUCAAUUGGGAGAGGAACAUAAUCAAGUAUUGCGCAACCGACUGCAAAUCCUUAGGGAAGACAACAAAGUAUUAUCUGGCGCUUCCCAAGCUGUUGAGAAGUUCAAGAACAUGAACUUAAAUUAUGGAGCCAACACCGGUGAUGGGACCGAUGAUGUAUAACAUAUCUUGCAGGUGCUCCAGCAAAUUUGAUGAAGGUUCAUCCUCUGGUUAUAGUUCCUUUCUAAAAAAUAGUAAUUCAUUUUAGUUUUUUACAGUUUUAUUUUUAAUUAUCGUUUUACUCUCUAGUAAGAAAGAACUAGUUACUUAAGGGAAUGGUAGCAUUGCGUGCCACUCUAAGAAAGUGAAUGUUACCUCUGUAUAUGACCAUUUGUUAUCAUCAAUUCUUGCAUUGAUACCGCCCAAUGCCUUCUGCUCU